ACAAUUGUUAUAAUUCUGCUUAAAUACCUUGUAAAAUUGUCAUUAUUCCUACAAGAGUCGAAAAUUCAUGACUUACAGACAAAAAUAGGUGCGUUAGAGUCAAAAAUUGAUGCGCACUGUCAAAAAUUGAUGCCUUAGAGGCAAAAAUUCAUGCGCACUGUCAAAAAUUGAUGCCUUAGAGCCAAAAUUUGGUGGCAACGACUGUAAAAUUUCCAGAGUGUACCAGUAUUGUUGUUGUUUGAAUUUCAUUACUUUCAUUUAUUAAUAUAAUUAGUUUGUAUUUAAUUUCUUUUUUUAUUAGGAUGCAGCUUCCUCCAUAUCCACCUUCCCUGUCUGUUCGUAUUAUGUUGAAUCCUUUAAUUGUUUUUUUUUUUCAUUUUUCAGCCAUGUUUCCUGUAAGCAAGCUACAUGGUAUUUUUGUUCGUGUAGUAUGUGUGUUAGUUCUUCCCUAUUUUUUCGUAUGCUUUGUAUGUUAGUUUGUAGUAUAUUUAGUUGUUCCAUGUUUUAUUUGUUUGUAGAAAUCAGAGUAAAUAUUAUAAAGAUUGUUUGUGUAAGUGGCUAUAUACAAGGAACAUAUGUGGAGUUUUUUAUUCGGUUUUAAGACAAAUAACGCUUUAUUUAUUACUUUAGUUCACAACAUCCCAAGUAGAAAAAUCGAGCAGUUUUUUUCAUUUUUCUAAUGACACACAACCGAUUUCAGCUUAACGGGGGGUCCAGAUUGCACGCACACAAGCGCAAAUGAACACGAUGACACGCACACAUUGAGACUCGCUGUCAGUUCGUUCUGAUGGCUUGAAAACAGGCAAAAAGUUGGGUUAUGUGUGGAUUGUAAACAUUCUGUUCGUUCAAUUCACACAAGCUUGUGCCUCAACAUCAUCUCUGCCGCGCCACCGCCUACUUGCAGUAUAUCUGUUACUUUCUUCGCUUGUUGUACUGUGAAUGAGAGAAGGAGACAUAUUAUUCAGGAAAAUGGAUUUCAACAAUAAUGUUGAGGAAAAACUAGGCGACACCAUCCCAGUCAAACCGUCGAGCAAAAAACUUGAAGCAGCAAUUUCAACCGGAUCAGCUCUACUGAAAAAUGAAAAGUGCCCUACUUAUCCAUCCCAGAAUCAUCAAAAUUCCCUACCUCCCGCCGUGCCACCACGAUCCUCCUCAUUGCCCCGACCAAAUCCUCAAUUAAUAUUAAAAACGAACAUAGCCUCACCAAUUCCUUUUCCCAUCGCACCCCCUCGAACCACAUCCUUGUCCACGCAAAGCUUUCCGGUGCAAUCCAUUUCCUUUCGAGCCAUAAGCACUCCCGCUUCCGAUCCGAAUAAUACUUUCAAAUUAAACUCGCCCACCAUACCACCACGAUCCUCUUCCUUAAUGAUGCCAAAUUCUAGUCCAGUUCAGAAUAUCACGUUUCUUCCAAAAGUCCCGGUUAACACCGAAAGUGCAUCGCAUCCUCCUACCUUACCACCACGAUCUUGUUCUGUGUCCCUUCCUGAGCCCAACAGAAAACUCAAUCCAACUGAAAAUUUAACACAGUUGGAUCGUAUUGAAAAACAGUUGAACAUUCUGUCCAAAGUAGCUUGUCACACACAAUUUGUGACGAACUUAGUUUUAGACAAUCUCUGCAACAAAGACUCAAAUUCGGAAAGGAAUCCGCUAAUCAAAAAAAUGGAAACUCUUGACAUGUUAGAAGAAAUGGAGAGAAAAUUGAAACAUGAAAGUUUAUACAUGGCAAAGACGAUUUGCCUUUUGUUAAGUGCAUUAAAAGGGACCGACAAUGUCCAAGAAAGAUUAUCGAUAACACUAGAUUUGUUAUUCGAUCGCGAUUUUUUUUCCAAGUUUAGUUGGACAGGUGUGGGGUUUCCGGAAGCCAAGAUUCCAUUAGAAAAAUACGUCUAUAUUAUAAGUUUAUUUAAAUUCGUAGGAGGCACUAGCUUUAUAGAUGACACAGCUACGGUUUCACACGAAACAGUGAAGACUUUUCUAGUUGAUAAGCGAAAUCACGGAAAAGCACGAAGUUUAGUGAAAGGGUUGCGACAUACGGUGAAACGUAAAAAAGAAUUAUAGAAAAGAAUUAUGUAUAUAUGUAUAAGUUAAGUAUAUAUAUAAGUGUUUUAUUGAAUUAAUGAUUUAGGCAUUUAUACAGUUGGAAUAUUAGCUGUGAUUCAAGUUGUGAUAUGAACUAUGUAGGAGUAAACGUUUAUGAAUUUAAUGGGUAAAAAUUAUAUAUGAAAUACCAACAAUCUGUUCUAGUUCUUCCUUGCAUUUUGCCUUAUCCCGGGCAUACUCGGCAACUUUAUUCUACUCAUUUUAAUACAAAACUAAUAAAAAAAUAAACUAAUAAAAAUAUUUACCUAAACUUAAACCUUAACUACCUAUUCUAAACCUAACAGCUUACAUAUUUUAAUUAUGAUCUAACUUUCAAGUGUAUGUAAAAGAGGACUGAAAUAAAAUGUAUUACCCUGAUCUAAACUAA